GAACUUCAGGUUCAGGUUCCUCCUCCAUCUUCCUCAAUUUUCGAUCCUGGGUGCCAUGACUAGUCCGGCUCCCAGAGUCUCCUGCUCCCAGGUCUCCUGGCUCCCGAGGUCUCCUUCUCCCAAGGUCUCUCCUGGCUCCCAAGGUCUCUCCUGGCUCCCAAGGUCUCUCCUGGCUCCCAAGGUCUCUCCUGGCUCCCAAGGUCUCUCCUGGCUCCCAAGGUCUCUGGCUUCCGUGGUCUCUGGCUUCCGUGGUCCCUGGCUUCCAAGGUCUCCUGGCUUCUACGGUCUAGCAUCCAUUCCUGUGAUAGGUAUGCCCUUUGCGCUGUGCUGUCUGCGGCGGACCGGCGGUACGACCAAGGCGGUGUAGGCCGGCAGUUGAAAACAGAAGCG